GACCGGUAGGCGGGUUCAGGGAGCAAACAGCCAAUCGUGUAAUAAGCAGGUGACGUCACCAACUACAAGAAACAUGGCGUUGCGGGAGCUAUCGUCACUCGAGAAAUAUUUAGGACUGAAAAAGCCCAACAAGUACAGUAGCCGAGGAGACAAAAAGUGCCCUGUGCUACAGAAUAACAAUGGUCCUCCCCUGGUGGGCCUGGUUACCAUCGCCCGGCACCUGGUGAAAGAGGCCAAGUGUCCUGAGAUGCUGGGUGAAACCGCAGAGGACAGAGCAGUGGUGCAUCAGUGGCUCGAAUACAGAGUGAGCAAGCUGGACGGCUGUAGCAAGGACGACAGCAGAACUAUACUGAAGGACCUGAACCUCUACUUGCAAGACAAAGUUUGCAUGGCCGGCAACCACUUCACCUUAGCAGAUGUGCUAAUGUACAAUGGAAUUCACCCACUAAUAGUGGACUUGACUUUCCAGGAGAAGGAGCAGUACAUGAAUGUGACGCGAUGGUUCGACCACAUCCAGCAUCGCGCUGGCAUCCGACACCACCUCCCCCGAGUCGUUGUACUCAGGAACAAAAUUUACACAUGUAAACACCACUGAGGCCCUUAGAUGCACCAAAUGUCUUUAUUUCCUCCUCCAAAAUGAUUUGGAAUGAGCGCAGGUCCCAUCAAUGUCAGGAUUCCUGGUUUAGAUCUUUCUUGCCACCAUAGACUUUUUUGUUUGUUUGUUUGUUUUUUUUAUAUAACCAACAUUAAGACCGACAUGCCUGUUGUUGAAGAACAGGUACUUAAGCUAUCACAUGAUUGCUUCCAAAUAAUAAACUAGGUCACCUCCCACUUG